CAACGUCUUCUGACGUUUGCACCAGAAUCCAGGAAGUGAGGAGUCGCUUGUUGUUUUUGCCGAUUGAUAGUCCUUUCACAUUUUAUUUGUUACUUUUCGCGGGCCAAAAAUGGCGACUUUUAUUUCUGUCCCGUUAAAGAAGUCGUCUGAAGUCGAACUAGUUAAACCGCUCUCGAAAUUCGUUACGGCGACAUACCCAACGGGCGAGGAUCAAGCUGAGUAUAUCCGAUCCGUGGAGGAGUUGAACAAGCUGCGCAAGAGUGCUCUGGGGAGGCCGCUCGACAAACACGAAAGCUCGCUGGAAAUCCUCCUGAGGUAUUAUGAUCAGCUGUGUGCCGUGGAGCCCAAGUUUCCCUUCUCUGAAAACCAGCUGUGUCUAACCUUCACAUGGAAAGAUGCCUUUGAUAAGGGCUCACUGUUCGGGGGAUCAGUCAAACUAGCCCUGGCCAGUCUGGGCUAUGAGAAGACAUGUGUGUUGUUCAAUGGAGCAGCGUUGGCAAGUCAGAUCGCUUCAGAACAAAACCUGGACAGCGAUGAAGGACUGAAGGCCGCAGCCAAAUACUACCAGUUGGCGAGUGGAGCAUUUGGUCACAUUAAGGACACAGUGCUGUCCGCUCUGAACAGAGAGCCUACAAUGGACAUCUCUCCUGAGACCGUAGGAACCCUCAGUCUCAUCAUGCUGGCUCAGGCACAGGAAGUCUUCUUUCUCAAGGCUACUUCAGAUAAGAUGAAGGAUGCCAUCAUCGCUAAACUGGCCAAUCAGGCGGCAGAUUUCUACAGCGACGCCUUCAAGCAGUGUCAGUACAAAGAGAACCUGCCCAAGUGUAUUUAUUUCCAGGAGGUGUUGCCGGUGCUUGCAGCUAAACACUGCAUCAUGCAGGCCAACGCUGAGCUACACCAGUCUAUCCUCGCCAAGCAGAAGAAACACUUUGGGGAGGAGAUCGCUCGCUUGCAGCAUGCUACAGAGCUGGUGAAGACGGUAGCGUCUCGCUAUGAUGAGUACGUCAGUGUGAAAGACCUUAGUGAUAAGAUCAGCCGUGCUCUGACUGCCGCUAAGAAGGACAAUGACUUCAUCUACCACGACCGCGUCCCCGAGGUCAAAGACCUGGAACACAUCGGCAAGGCAGCGCUGGUCAAGGCUACCGCCAUCACACCUCCGCUCAGCGCCAAGUUCACUGACUUGUUUGAGAAGAUGGUGCCCAUGGCUGUGCAGCAGAGUAUGAGUCUGUACAGCCAGAGGAAGGCUGAGACCGUCAACAGACUGGUAGGAACUAUGAGGGAAGCUACUAACCUCUGCAACGGUGUCCUGGCAUCUCUGAACCUGCCUGCGGCUCUGGAGGACCUGUCUGGAGAUUCUAUCCCACAAUCCAUUAUUGAAAAGGCCCAUGCCAUCGUCCAGCAGGGGGGGCUACAGAGCAUAGAGCAACUGAUCAGAGACCUGCCGGAACUACUGACACGCAACAGAGAGAUCCUGGAUGAGUCUCUGAAGAUGCUGGAUGAUGAGGAGUCGACAGACAGCGAGCUGAGAUCCAAGUUCAGCCAACGCUGGAACAGAACUCCCUCUGGAGACCUCUACAAACCACUCAGAGCGGAGGGUGGUAACUUCCGUAGUGUGUUGGACAAGGCAGUGCAGGCUGACCAGGUGGUCAGGGAGCGUUAUAAUGCACACUGUGAGAUGAUCGCUCUCCUCUGUAAACCUGAGGCUGAACUCACCGCUGCCAUACCUUCAGCCAACCCUGCUAAGACAUUGCAGGGCAGCGAGGUUGUGAGUGUGUUGCGUUCCCAGCUGUCCCAGCUAGAGGAGGUGAAGAGAGAGAGGGAGGUGCUGGAGACGGAGAUUAAGGGUGUGACCUUUGACAUGUCCUCCAGCUUCCUGACGGCUCUGGCUCAGGACGGGGCCAUCAAUGAGGAGUCACUGUCAAUGAGCCAGCUGGACCAAUCAUACGGCAGCUACAGCCAGAGGGUUCAAGCCAGCCUCCGCUCUCAGGAAGAGCUGUUGGGCAACGUGCAGGCAUCUCACCAGGAGUUCUCCAGUCUGAAGCAGUCCAACUCGGAGGCUAAUGAUCGUGAGGAGGUGUUGAAGAAGCUGGCCUCGGCCCACGACAGCUACGUUGAGAUCACCAGCAACCUCAGAGAGGGCACCAAGUUCUACAAUGACCUCACAGAGAUCCUGCUGAAGUUCCAGAACAAGUGCAGUGACAUCGUCUUCGCCCGCAAGACAGAACGGGAUGAACUGCUGAAGGAUUUGCAGCAGAGCAUCGCCAGGGAGCCCAGUGCCCCGUCCUUCUCUGUCCCUGCCUACCAGACUAACCCCACCCCCACCGCCACUGGACCAACCCCCGCACCAAGGACUGUCUUCCAGCCUCAGCAGCCCCAGGCGAAGGCCCAGCCUCCCGAGCGGCCCCCUCCCCCUGCCUUCCCCCCCCAGGCCGCCUCCGCACCAGGCAACCCUCCCAGUAACCAGCCUCAACCAGUAAACCCCCCACCCAUGGCCCCUCCCUCACAGGCCCAGGGACCACCUUACCCCACAUAUCAGGGAUACCCCGGGUAUGCCUACCAGAUGCCUAUGGGUUAUAACCCGUAUGCAGCGUACGGCCAGUACAACAUGCCCCCCACUAUGCAGCCUAACAUGCAGCCCUACGUCCCCUAUCAGCAGGCCCCAGCACCCGGACAAGGGGGCUACCCUGGGGUCCCCCCCACACAGCAGCACCCCUACACCUACCAACAGCAGCCCCAACAACCACCACCACAGCCAUACUACCCACAACAAUAACUACUCUAUCACUACUCUCCUCCAUUCCUCUCCUCUGCUAUCCCUACUCCGACCGACAGUGGAAACCAUGCUACUACGCCCAGCAAUAACUCCUCAAUCGCUCUCUCUCUCUCUCUCCCUUCUUCCUCUCCCUUACUUACGUUUCACUUCUAGCACUCCACCUUUGCUCCCUCCCUCCUCUACCAUUUCUCCCUCCCUCCUCUACCUUCUAUCCCUCCCUCUACCUUUUCUCCCUCCCUCCCUCCUCUACCAUUUCUCUCUCUCUCUCCCUCCUCUAUCCUCUCUCCCUCCUCUACCCUCUCUCUCCCUCCUCUACCCUCUCUCUCUCUCUCUCCCUCCUCUACCCUCUCUCCCUCUCUCUCUCGCUCUUCUUCCAUCCCUCCAUUUACACUUACUCCCUCUACAUUCUCAUCUACCAACCAGCUCCUCUGUUAUUUUUUUUAUAUUAUUUUUCUAAUUAUUGCGUUAAUUCUUUAAGUCCUAACUUUUCUUCCUGAUCUACCUGACUUCCUGGUAUGGGCCUAGGUCAAAAAUAUACAGGUUAGGAUAAGAGGAUUCUAAUAUUCUAUAAGUCUUUGCAUAAAUGCAGAAGAAUUCUAAACAAUGGGACUAGCAAUGCGAGCGAAAAUGACUGGAAGUGAAUUUUAGCAGUACAGAAAGUUUGCCAUCAAGUGGAAAAGGAACACAAUUGUAGUGAAUUUCAGCUAACUAGUCAGCAAACACAUAGCAUAACUGUUUUACUGUCAUUCUAUUCAUUUAAAUGUGUUUCUAGUUAUCUACAGACCCUUUAUUUUUCAGACCAAUUGUCACAUUUUCAAUGCUAAUCCUGUAGAAUCAGCAGUGGCACUGGUCCAAUUAAUUUGUUUAUUUUCUAAUGCUGCCGCAUGGAAUUAUUGAUUAUUGCGUUGUCCUAAACUGUAUAUAUCCGGCCUAGAUAUAGAACACUAGAGGAGCGGCAUGUCAUUCUUGGAUGAGCGGGGCGUGGCCUAUAUAGGCAUGAUUCCUUAUUUGGGAGCGAGUGGGAGGGUCACAUUCAAUGUCACUGAAUGAAGAACCUGAGGACCCAGAGUUGUAUUCAGUAGGGAGAAAACAUUUAGAAAUGGAAUAAAAUGGGGAUUUACAGCUUGAACUUGUGCAAUAAGAAGCAAUUCUUCCUUGUCUGUUUUCAAACCGUUUUGCUACUGAAUACGACCCAGCUACGAUCACUCAGCUUAACGCCUGGCGCUUCUAUAACAACUAUAUCAUAUUUUUGUAAUGUAUAAUACUUAUGUAAUAAUCCAAUAAAAAUGGCCUGUCGGUUUUUCUAAUUUAUAUAA